AUGCUUCUUAGACGGUUACUGACCUGGACGCCCCAGCCAGGUUAUACUUUCAAAUGUGGGCUUGAAAUACAUACCCAGCUCAAGACGAACUUCAAGCUUUUUUCGCUAUCGAAAAACUCCCCAGACUCGCCUCCCAAUGCCAACACCAGUUACUUUGACUACGGGCUUCCCGGAACGUUUCCCCAGCUCAAUCCCGAAGCUUUGCUUCUAGCUUUGAAGGCUGCUGCUGCUUUGAACUCGAAUAUCAGCGAAUUGUGCCAUUUUGAUCGUAAGCAUUACUUCUACCUCGACCAGCCAAUGGGGUACCAAUUGACCCAGCAUCACAGACCAUUGGCAAAGGAUGGGGAAUUGCAAUUGAGCAAGAAGUACGAUAACGUUAGUGAAGACCAUGUUAUACGAAUUGAGCAGAUCCAGCUUGAGCAGGAUACGGGAAAGCUUAAUUAUAAUGAGUACGAUGAGGCAAUCAGUGUUGACCUCAAUAGGGCCAAUGUUCCUUUGAUUGAGCUUGUCACUAAGCCAGACUUUACUCAUUUAGACCAGGUGAAAGCCUUUGUUAGAAAGUAUUUGACGUUGAUGUCUCACUUGGGCGUGUGCUCUGGUGACAUGGAGAAGGGUGCUAUGCGUUGCGAUGUGAACAUCUCUGUGAACGGUGGAAAGAGAGUGGAGGUUAAGAACUUGGGUUCCACAUCUGAAGUGGUUGCUGCAGCAACUCAUGAAUACAAUAGACAAGUCGAACACUUGAAGACUUCUGAAGAACCAAUCGUUCAAGAGACGAGAGCAUGGGACGGAAAAGUUACUUCCAGAAGAAGAGAUAAGGAAGAUGCAAACGAUUACAGAUACUUGCCAGAUACUGAGAUUCCCGGUGUGUUCUUGUCGCCAAACAUCAAAGAAGAGAUUCAAGCCAUUCUUCCUGAGUUGCCAAAUGAAAUCUUGGAGAGGCUCACUCAGGAACCUUAUGGUCUUGAAAUCAAGCAUGCACGUUUCCUCGUGGACAACAUUGAUGUCCUCCACUACUACUCAGACUUGUACGAAUAUGGAUGCAUAGGUGCUAUGCUUCCAGUGAAGACCGUUAACAACUGGCUCAUCCAUGAAUUGAUUGGUGCUUUCCGCAAGUUAGACUUACCUUUCGACCGUACAGCCAUUACCCCAAGAAGCUUUACUGAAUUGAUUGUGAUGGUCAACAAGGACAAGAUUACCUUCUCAUCGGCUAAGCUUCUUUUGGUACAGCUCUUGCAGAGUUCUCCUGAGGAAAGACGCCUUCCAAUCAAAGACUUGAUUGAGAAGUACGACUUGGCUUCUGCUAGUGGCGUGGCUACUCACGAUCUAGACGAUGCCAUCAAUGAAAUCUGCCGCAGUAUUGUUGACCAUAAUGGUGACGUUGUGGAGAAAAUCAAGGGCGGCAAGACUAACUCCCUUAACCACCUUAUUGGCCUCGCCAUGAAGGAAACCCUGGUUUGA